UUGAUAAAUAAAUUAAGGCACGCCCUGUUUCCGCUCCGAUCGGAAAACCCUAUAAACCCUCGAAAUCUGUUUUUCAGUUCUUUUACAUCAACGCAAAGAUGAGUACACCGGAAACCUCCAGAGAACCAUGCCCGGAUAGGAUCUUGGACGACAUCGGUGGCGCUUUCGGCAUGGGCGCCGUCGGCGGCUCCGCUUUCCACUUUCUAAAAGGAGUCUACAACUCACCAACAGGCGAACGUUUCAUCGGCGGGACACAAGCCGUUCGUAUGAACGCACCACGUGUCGGUGGCAGCUUCGCCGUAUGGGGUGGUUUGUUCUCCUGCUUCGAUUGUACCAUGGUCUACGUACGCCAGAAGGAAGAUCCAUGGAACUCGAUUAUCUCCGGCGCCGCCACCGGAGGUUUCCUCCAGAUGCGCCAGGGUUUAGGCCCCGCCACUCGAUCUGCAGUUUUUGGGGGUGUUUUGUUAGCCCUAAUUGAAGGAGCUGGAAUCAUGCUUAAUAAGUUCCUUAGCGCACAACAGCCUCCACCGGUGAUGAUCGAAGAGCCACCAUCUCAACCACCUCAGAAUAUGCCUCUAGGGCUCCAGUUUCCUAAUCAGAGCCAUCCACCACCUGCUGAAUCAUCACCAUCAUCGACAUCGUGGUUUGGUGGGUUAUUUGGUGGCAAGCAAGAGGAGCCAAAUCAGAAGGUCAAAACUGAAGUUCUGGAGAGUUUUGAUUCGCCGGCGCCUCCUUCCUUUGAAUUCAAAUGAAUCUGUGAGACCUUAUUUUCAGUCAUUUGAAUAAUUUUUCAAUGUUAUGGAAUCUGUUGUAGAAAUAAAAACUUGUUUCGAUCAAAUAAUUUCAUACCAUAUUGAGUUUCAGUUGAAAAA